GGUGUCGCCGGACAGAAGCGGCGGGAGGAAAAAGCGGUAGGAUGGGCAGCCAGGUCACCCGCGACGACUUCGAGUGGGUCUACACGGACCAGCCCCACACGCAGCGCCGGAAAGAGAUCCUAGCAAAGUAUCCAUCCAUCAAGUCUCUGAUGGUACCAGAUCCCAAUUUCAAAUGGAUUGUGAGUGGAAUGGUACUCACACAACUCCUAGCUUGUUACCUUGUGAAAGAUUUGCCCUGGAAAUGGAUUUUCUUCUGGGCAUACGUUUUCGGGGGCUGCAUUAACCACUCCAUGACACUGGCAAUUCACGACAUCUCACACAAUGUCCCCUUUGGCAAUAAGUGGCCAAAAUGGAACCGAUGGUUUGCAGUCUUUGCCAACUUGCCCAUUGGAGUUCCCUACUCGGCUUCCUUCAAGAAGUACCACAUCGACCACCAUCGAUACCUUGGAGGGCACAUUCUGGACACAGACAUUCCCACUGACUUUGAGGGCUGGUUUUUUUGUACCCCGUUUCGAAAACUCAUCUGGGUCAUCCUGCAGCCCAUUUUUUAUGCCUUCCGACCUGUUUGCACAUACCCAAGGGCCGUGACUCCAAUGGAAAUAUAUAACGCUUUGGUGCAGUUUUUGGCCGACUUCAUCAUCUACCAGCUAUGGGGUUUGAAGCCUCUGGUUUAUUUGGUCGCAGGGACGAUACUCUGUACAGGCCUGCAUCCGAUAUCUGGACACUUCAUCGCGGAGCAUUACAUGUUCCUGAAAGGGUAUGAAACAUAUUCAUACUACGGAUCUCUCAACUGGUUCACCUUUAAUGUCGGCUAUCAUAUGGAACACCAUGAUUUCCCAAGCAUUCCAGGGCACAAAUUGCCAAUGGUAAAGAAGAUAGCUGCAGAAUAUUAUGACGCGCUGCCUCAGCAUCAGUCGUGGGUUCGAGUUCUGUGGGACUUCAUUUUUGAUAAGACCAUUGGCCCUUACGCAAGGGUUAAGAGAAUAUACAAGCCAGCAAAGAGUCUUGAAAGACACGAUGGCAAAGUUUCGUUUAAACAUUUCGAUGUGCCCCCAGCCUCUUAAGGCGGCAGCUGUAUUUUAUGAACGGAGCUUGCCGACAGCUGAUGUAAUGUUUCUGAUUUCAUGGGUUUUCGGUAAUCCAAAAUGUGAAGAAAUGUUAUAAUGAAGCCGGUCAGAAGUACUUUUUCAAGCUAAUAUUGUCUUUUUAAAAAGAUACGUGUAGGUGGAAUAGAUUUUGUCUUCACCUUAUAGAGCAGGAAAGAAUGUGAUCAAAAGGAUGUAAUGCUUUCCCGUUAAGAAUUGGGGGCCUUUUAGUUCAGAGGAAAAAUUACAGAGGAGGAAGAAGACUAGAAGUCUACCUUUAUGAAUAGUGCAGGGAGAUCGAAUAGAAUUUUCUCUCUGAAAACAGAAAUGUUGUCGCCCAAUGACGUUUAUGAAGUAGAUUCUGUGCUGUCAACUUGCACUAGCGCAACAAAUAACCAUGUGGCAUUCCUUACAAUAAGAUGUAUUGAGUAAGCAAUUAGCCACAACAGGAUUACCCACAUCUAUGAAAGUCCUGUCCGGUGGUGCUGUGAUAGUUACUUUGUUGUACAGUUCAGCACAUGUUUUAAAACAUGCACUUAAUUUUUCUUUAGUAGGUGUAUUAUGAGUGAAUCUCGAGUUCUUAUUUGAAAUUGUAAAACAGGUUUGUAUUGGUCAGAAAAGAACAGGGUUAGGCUAACCCUGUAAACCAAUGAAGAGUCUUUUUAAUUUUUUUAAAAUUUAAAUUAAUUUUAAAAUUUUGAGGAAGGAGAGGCAGUUGAGAAUGCAGCAGUAUUUGCCACCUAGGACUGAAGAGAACCAAAUAAUGAAGUUUAGGAUGUUAGUCAAGGAAGGGGUCUUUUAAAACGUUAAAUCGUAGGGAACAGAAGUGGUUAAAAACAGACAUAAGAACAUAAGAACAAGCCAGCUGGAUCAGACCAGAGACCAUCUAGUCUAGCACUCUGCUACUUGCAGUGGCCCACCAGGUGCCUUUGGGAGCUCAUGUGCAGGAUGUGAAAGCA